AUGGCAUCGAAGAGUUGUGAGGAAGUGAAAGAAGAAGAAGGCUACUAUACUGGGAAGCAAUCAGGAGAGGAGACUACCAAUCAGAAAAGUGUAGUGGAAGAAACUACUGGUCAGGAAGAAGUAUCCUCAUUAGAGGUGAAAACCGUGGAAAUAGAGAUCCCUAGUUCCACUAUAUACUUAACCGUCCUGAAAGAAGUACUGAUACUGGAAGAAAAGAAAGAGUUUGCCAUUGGAGAACCAAAAAUAAAUAUGGACAACCUAAUAAAAGAAGAACAAGGAAAAGUAGCAAAACUCUUCGAGACAGAGAAAGAACUAUUCACAGGAAAUUUGAAGGAGCUUAUUCAAACUGACAUGAUCCAGUAUGAAAUUGAUACUGGUGACAUAAAAUCUAUAAAGCAAGCCCCCUACAAGAUGGCACCCAAUGAAUAUGACUAUAUAAGGAACGAACUUACGAAGAUAAAAAAGCAGGAACUU